AACAACAGCAACAGCAACAGCAACAACAACAACAACAACAACAACAGCAACAACAACAACAACAACAACAACAGCAAAUGUCAUUUCAACAAACAUUUAGCCCACCUCAACAACAGCAACAACCUUCUACUCAAAUGCCAGAGACUCUUCAGCAUUCUGUCUUGGAAAAUGUAGCUCAAAUUAAUACUUCUAGCAUUAUUGGCAGCAAUCACGCUUCACCUGUCAUGCGUUCCAGUGUUUUGAGUGGCUGGGGAUCUGCUCCCGGUACACCUAUUGGCACUGAUGCCCCUGCUAGUCCAUGGGGUUCUAUUGUAUCAACUGCUAUUCCUACAAAGGUCUCUGAAGAACUACAAGCAAAAGCUCCAGGUGCACAAUCUCCUAGAGCCCCUUCAUCACCUAAAAAGGCUGUUGAAAAGCCUGUCAGAGCUUCUCCAGCACCCGCUAUACCCGCCUCUCUUCCUCAACCUGCUUUUUCACCUUCUCCUCCUACUCAGUCUGCUACACCUGCCAAAUCACUUGUUCGAUCCUUUGCUGAAAUUCAAUUAGAAGAACAACAAAAGGCUGCUGCUGCUAAAGCCCAAGCUGCUGAAGCCAAGGCACAAGCCGAAGCUAAAACCAAAGAAGAAAAAAAUGCUCGUCUUGCUGAAGAAAAGGCUGCUUCAAAGCAAACCGUUCCUACUCCUAUUGUCAACAAGCCCGUUGUCUCUUUGCGCGAAAUCCAAGAAGAAGAACUUCGAUUGGCCAAUGAAAAGAAAGCCAAACAAGCCAAGGCUGCACCAAUGACUGCAACAACACCUAGUUGGGCUGUUUCUAACAGCACUCCCUUAAGUAGCACUUCUAGUUCUACUUGGGUACAACCUGCACACAAGCCUUUGUCUUUGAGAGAAAUCCAAGAAAUGGAAGAGAAGGAAUCUAGUAAGAAAGCAUCUGCUGCUGCUCAUUUGGCCAAACAAGAAGCAUUAGCAAACGCCACACCUAGCACUUUGUCUUGGGGUGUUGUUGUUCCCAACAACAAGUCACCUGCCUCACCUGCUGUUAGUGCUUCUCAAUCUACUUCCAUGACGUCUUCUACCGGCGCAAAUGCUGCUCCUUGGGCUGCUCCAAGUGGUCCUAAGAAGACAUUAAGAGAGAUACAACAAGAAGAAGAAUUGGCUAUGAAGAAGAAAAAUGCCAAGGCAACCAAAUCUGCUGCCGCUGCCGCUGCCGCUGCUGCUGCUAAUGCCACCACAACCUCCAGUUCUACUUCCGCCAAAACAUUCCCUGUUUCUUCUACUACUCCUGAGGAUGGUUGGACUACUGUUACUAAUGUCCGUAUACCUAAGCCCACUCCUUCACCUGCUCCUGUAGCUGCUCCCGCAUCUCCCCAACCUGUUCAAUGGACACCUGUCAAGAAGCCCGUUGCUCCUUCUAAGCCCAGUGGUCCUAGUGAAGAUUUCCGUCGUUGGUGUCGUAAAGCCUUGCGUGAUUUGAAUUCAGGCGUCAAUCAAGACGAGAUUAUUGACAUGUUGAUUUCUUUCCCUGCAGACGCCAAUUCUGCUGAAAUUAUUGAAGAUGUUAUUUAUGCCAAUUCAUUGCGUAUCGAUGGUAAACGAUUUGCACAAGAAUUCAUGAAGCGCAGAAAAGCUGAUGUAGCUGGACGUUUGGAUAUUGUCACUGCUGGUCUUGAGGAAGAUGAUGAUGAUGACUUCAAGGUGGUCCAAAAAAAAGGUAGAAAAAACAAAUAAAUGUGCUCCUUAUUAUUUGGAUAAACAAUCUUCCUUAUUUAAAUAAAUUAUUUUUUUUU